UGGGUUGGUGUGUGGGUGAGGAGCCGCUAGGGGGCGGCAGUGAAGCUCCGCUGCGGUACAGGAAGCGGGUGAUGGUCGCUGGUGGUCAUGUGCAGCAGCCAUGGCGGCGUCCUUCAGCAGCCAGAGGAGAUUAUUAACAACUCUGUGUAGUCAGUUGAAUGGUGCACUAUGGCUGAACUCUGGAGUGAGGAGCAUCCACUCUACAGCAGUCUGUAAUAAGAAUCGUGCUGCUCGUAUCCGUGUGGGUAAAGGGGACCGGCCGAUGACGUAUGAGGAGGCUCUGCCCCCCCACCAGAUCGCUCACAGGAAGGGAUGGCUCUCCCAUCAUACAAGUAAUCUGAAUGGAGAGCACGGCACUGCAGAUCGAACAGUAGAAGACGCCUUCAUCCGACGCUUCAUAUACGGCACGUUUCACAGGUGCCUGGCGAAUGAACUGGUUAUUAAGCGCAGAGGAAACAUGCUGAUCAUCUCUGCUUUAAUGUUCCAGAAGAUGCCUCCUCGUAAAUAUUAUUUCUUUAUUGGCUACACUGAGGAACUGCUCUCGCACUUCUAUAAAUGUCCUGUGAAGAUGGAGAUCCAGACGGUGGAGGAGAAAGUGGUGUAUAAAUAUCUCUAACCUCUCGUGUGUUUGGUUAAUGUUUUGUAAUGGAGGGAGGAUCGGAACUCACAGCUGUGUUUCUUUUUCAGUUCAAACUGUUUGUGUUAUAAAUAUCAUGUGAAUAUAAAGGUUUAAAAUAUGAAA